AUGUGGGAUAAAGGAACUUGGUCUGUUGAAGUGAAACAGCCCGAACUUCAAAUAUCAAGAUCGUAUACGCCGCUUCCUCCAAUCAAGCCGGUUGAUUAUAGCGAAUUGAGGUUCUUGAUUCGUAAGGAGCAUAAAGGGGAAGUCUCGGGGUAUCUGCACAGUAUGGGGCUCAAUUCGCAAAUGGAGUUACGAGGUCCGCACCCAGGAUUUGAUAUACCAGAGAACGUUGCAGAGGUUGUGUUUUUAGCUGGGGGAACGGGAAUCGCGCCUGCAUUGCAAGCUGCCUACACUACGCUCGAAAGAAGGAAUGCGGAAGCAAGGGUCAGAAUUGUGUGGUCAAACCGCUGGAGAGACGACUGUGAAGGUGGAGGACAACUGGACAACAUGGAUCGGAAACAGGCUGGACUUAUUGUUCAAGAAUUAGAGGUUCUCCAGAAAAAGCAUCCUGGCCAGCUCACCGUUGACUACUUCGUGGACGAGGAGAAAACUUUUUUGAAUCAGAAGAAGAUAUCACAACUCACAAACACGUCGAGGAGGAGCAAUUUUGAAGGGACAAAACUUCUAUUUAUCUCUGGACCAGAAGGAUUCGUCAAUCACUUCGCAGGCCCAAAGAGAUGGGAAGAUGGGAGAGAGGGCCAGGGCAAAGUUGCAGGAGUAAUUGGAAAGAUGGCACUUCGUGAUUGGAUAAUUUGGAAGCUCUGA